CCACAGCAGUCGGUUGCUUCUCUUUUUCUGUACAUCAGCCACAAUUAUUUGAUUUCUACAUGAGUGAAUUUACCUGAACUAAUGCACAAAUAUAAUCAGAAUCAUAGCUGGAUCAUAGACACUAUUUCAGAUGAUGAUAAAAAUGAGCACCUAAAGGUAAGCAAUGCUUUUUGUAACGACUGAUCACAUCACAUCUGCUGAUCUAAAACAGAAAAACCUGUCAAAGACUUCCUGCGCACACACAUACAAUAAAGAGAAGAUAUCCUUGAACAAAUUAUUAACCUGAGGACUCCUGGCAUACAAACUUAAAGCUCUUCAGUGAGCUCUUACCAUCCUUAAAGCAUCCAUGGAUCUCAGCGAAGAGGAGUUUACUCCUCUAAUGAUCAGAGACCGCAGAGGCAGCCAGAGGUCCAGUUCAAGCAUUGCUUCCGGUUUGCAAGUACACUUGUACUUCUUCCCUCCAAGAAAAGAUGCAACGACAAUACACAUAUCAUCUGGCCAAAUGUCAGCAGAAAAUGUUUGCAUCCAAGCAGCCAAAAGAUCCGGAAUUUUACCAGUUUACCAAAGUCUUUUUGGUCUGGCCUCUGGUGACCUCUCAUUCUGGUAUCCCCCAUCACACAUAUUCAACACAGAAGAAAACCUACAGGUCCACUUCAGAGUCAGGUUUUUCUUUGGAAACUGGUAUGGACAAGGACCAAGAAUGUCGUACCGCUACAAUCUGACCAGAGACAGAAUAAGUCCUGUACUUGACUACUCUGUCAUUGACUAUCUCUUUGCACAGGUACGAAGUGACUUUGUCUCGGGCGAAGCCGGAGUGGCUCCACCAUUAAGCGUUCAAGAAGAAUGCCUUGGCCUGGCAGUUCUGGACCUGUGGCGGUUGGCAAAGGAGCAGCAUCAGAGCGUAAGGGACCUCUGCAAGAUUGUCAGCUACAAAUCUUGCCUUCCUGAAACACACCGCCACGACAUCCAGAAGCGGAAUCGCCUGGAUCGCUAUCGAAUCAGACAUACUCUCAAGCGUUUCCUAAAGAAGCUUGGAAACUGUUCUGUGGAUGAGUGCUGCCUGAAACUAAAAUACUUGGUCGAAAUGGCUGGCAUUGUUCCUACCUUGGGAAGUGAAGUCUACCACAUCAGCGCUGGUUCUUCCAAUUCCAAUGGAAUGUUCACUUAUGUGAAGGUCACUGGGGAAACUGGAAUUCAAACCAGCGGAAGUUGUCAUCCUGAUGGUUCCUUGGAGUGGCAGACUUUCUGUGAUUUCCAGGACAUCAUUGCCAUCAGUCUGAAGAGGGUAUCUCAUGAGCAGGAGGACAGCAGGUUGGUGACUGUGUUUCGUCAUGACGACAGAUACAUGGAAGCCAAUUUCAAGAGUCUCAAAAAAGCACUGUCAUUUGUGUCACUUCUUGACGGCUACUUCAGACUGACCACUGACUCUACCCACUACUUCUGUCAGGACACUGUGCCUGAAAGUAUUCUGGAGGGUAUCAGAAACCAUUUUCAUGGCCCAAUUACGUCGGAGUUUGCAGUCGACAAGUUGAAAAAAUCUGACGUUAAAAGUGGAACAUUCCUACUCCGGCAGAGUCCCAAAGAUUUUGAUAACUUUUACCUCACUGUCUGUAUCCAGACUCCUCUUGGACUUGAUUAUAAAGACUGUCUCAUCGUGAAGAAUGACAACUACCGUCUUCCUGGUGUCCAGAAGUCCUUUUCCAGUUUAAGAGAGCUCACUAGCUUUUACCAACAACACAAACUUCUUUUGGAUAAUGUUCCUGCCAAGCUCGGCUAUUGCUGUCCACCCCAGCCCAAAGAGCUCACAAAUCUCAUCGUCAUACGUAACGGCAUCCCUGUUGAGGCUCAAGGGUCCCCAACACCUGAGAGGAAAAGGUUCUGUCAUAUUCAGUUCCACAUGAUCAAAUAUGAAGACCUAAGAUGGGGGGAGAGCCUUGGACAGGGAUCUUUUACUCGAGUUUUUAAAGGCUACAAAACUGACAUUCGUGAUGGGGAGAAACAUGUGACGGACGUUCUCCUCAAAGAACUUGAUAGUGCUCACAAAAACUGCUGGGAAUCAUUUUUUGAAGCUGCCAGCAUAAUGAGUCAAAUCUCACACAAACACCUCCUCUUGGUUUAUGGCAUCAGUGUCCAUGGAACAAAAAACAUAAUGGUCCAAGAGUUUGUAAAGUAUGGAGCCCUCGACCUUUAUCUGAAAAGGGGGAGAUCCAUGUCAGUGAGCUGGAAACUUGACGUCGUCAAACAGCUUGCUUGCGCCCUCAACUUUCUGGAAGAAAAGAACAUUGUUCACGGAAACAUUCGUGCAAAAAAUCUUUUACUGGCCAGAGAAGGUGACGUGUCUCAGGCCAGCUCUCCUUUUAUCAAGCUAAGCGACCCCGGCGUCAGCGUUGCAAUGAUAGGCAGAGAUGUUAUCUUGGACAGGAUUCCGUGGGUGGCCCCUGAGGUGCUGGAGGCACCAGACAAGCUAACCUUGGCGUCUGAUAAAUGGAGCUUUGGAGCCACUGUGUGGGAGAUCUUCAACAGUGGCAAAGCCCCACUGCAUGACUGGGACCUUCAACAGAAGCAGCAGUUUUAUGAGAGUUUCCUCCAGCUGGCGCCCUCUCAAUGGACGGAGCUGGCCGAGCUGAUCAGCCAAUGUAUGAACUACAAAGCGGCCUUUCGACCUUCAUGUCGCAGCCUCAUCCGUGAGCUCAACAGUCUCAUCACAUCAGACUAUGUGAUACUUCAUGCCACUGAGCCUGUAACCCUCAACCCAAUGUGUCACGCAUCCAGUCCCGCCCUUCAGGAUCAGACACUAUUUGAGUACAGACACCUACGUUACAUCUCCCUACUGGGAAAGGGAAACUUUGGAAGUGUCGAACUGUGUCGUUACGACCCACUGGGAGACAACACAGGUGAGAUGGUUGCUGUGAAGAAGUUACAGCCCAGUAAGCAAUCAAGCCUGGAGGACUUCCGUAAGGAGAUCAAAACCCUCAGCAUGAUGUCUUGCGACUACAUCGUCAAGUACAAAGGGGUCUGCUAUAGCAUGGGGCGGCUCAACAUGAGUUUGGUGAUGGAAUAUUUACCACAUGGAAGUCUUAUCGUAUACACAGAAAACAACAGACACAACAUCAACACCCGGCGCUUGCUGCUAUUUGCGUCGCAGAUCUGUAAGGGCAUGGCGUACCUGCAGACGUUACGUUAUGUGCACAGAGACCUAGCAGCCAGAAAUAUCCUCGUGGCUAGCGAAUCAUUGGUGAAAAUUGCUGAUUUUGGACUGACCAAGAUUGUUCCUUUGGACAAAGAGUACUACAGAGUCAAACAGCCAGGAGAAAGCCCCAUCUUCUGGUAUGCCCCAGAAUCCAUCAAUGAUUUCAGAUUCUCCCAAAAGUCAGAUGUGUGGAGUUUUGGAGUUGUUCUUCAUGAGCUCUUUUCCUACUGCGAUACGGACGCCAACCCCAAAAAACUGUGUAUUCAGAGGAUCGGGACCAACGUGCAUGGAUUAUCCAUUUCAAUCCAUCUGCUCAAUAUCCUCAAGGACAAUUGGAGGUUGCCCCCCCCUCCGAACUGCCCGCCCAAGGUCUACGGUUUGAUGAGGCAGUGCUGGGUUUACAACUUUGAGGAGAGGCCCUGUUUCUCCAGUCUGGAGGAUCAAAUAGAAGUCAUCAUGCGCGAAGAGAGAGAGAACCUGAGAGGCUGAAUGGAAGCGGCUCUUGCGGUGCUGCCAAAAAUGGCAAAACGCCAUGUUUGCAAGCUGCACCGAGCGAGCGUGAAGAUUAUCUCUCUAUGCAGUUGCAGCUGGAUCCAAACGUUUUGGGGGGCUAAACAACCAGGAAAAUGUUUCAACUGCAUAAUGCUGCAUUUUUUUUCCUGUUUUUUUUUUUUAUUUCUCAGAAUACAGGACUGUUUAGCAGUUUUUACAUUUUGUCAGAGGCUUUAGUU